AUGAGCUACGCGAUGCAAUCCGACGACGACCUCGCCCAGCUGCAAAAGCUGUCCAACGAGUAUGAACCUGAGGCGACGGGACCGCUGGUCGGACCAAGGCAGUCGACGGCCGCCAUCACCACCGAGUACGCCAACGGCGACCCCGUCUAUCGCGCAAAGACGCAGAACCUACCCUACAAAUACUCGCACUAUCGGACCUGCCGUGGAGAUGGACACUGUGGUUGGAGAGCCAUCGCUUUUGGUUAUUUCGAGGCCCUGCUGCGCCUGGGCGACAGCAACAAGUUCUUCGAAGAGCAGGCUCGCCUCGGAUCUCUGGCCAACAUCCUAAACCAGGUCGGCUUCCCGCAAGAUGUUUACGAGGACUUUGCCGAAGAGACGUUUUCUCUGCUUCGCAAGCUCGUCAACGUUCCCUCGGGCGACGAGGCUCAGCUGCUGGCGGCGUUCAACGACGAGAUGGUAUCGCAGAGUAUCAUCACCCACCUCAAGCUCCUGACAAGCGCUUGGAUCCAGACGCAUCCUGCAGACUUUGCGCCGUUUUUGCUGGAUCAGGACAUCCGGAGCUACUGUUCCACGCACAUCGAGGCUGCCGUUUGUGAGAUCGAGCACGUUGGCGUCAAUGCACUCUUCAAUGUCCUGCUCAAGCCUGCAGGCCUCGCUCUGGAGAUUCUCUACCUCGACCGCAGCGCCGGCGAGGAAGGGAACACUUUCCGCUAUGACGUGAUUGGCCAUGACGGCUUGACCAUCCUUGACCCUCCCACCAUAAGGCUCCUCUACAGACCUGGUCAUUAUGACAUCCUGUACAAGGCAGAGGAGAUCCAACAAGCUAUGAUUCCUCCUGCAUCCACCCAUGUCGCCGUAAAUCUGGCCCCUCAUCUGUCUGAGGACUACGUGCACAUGGACAGGGGCUUCUCCGAUGUGCUCGCCUACAUUCCCGGAAUGGGCGCCUCGACGUUCGCGCCCUCGUUGGGUCAGCCGGGCUAUAUGUCCGAUCCCUUCGGCUUCUCGUCCGCACCGGCUCCGCAACCACAGCCCGCGCCACAGCCAAUGUAUACACCGCUUCCCGUGUCACAUGCGAGCACCGACUAUGUUACGCAUGGCUUGCCCAUGGAAGCGUCGGUUGCACUGCCGCUCAACAGCCCUAGUGGACAGACCGAGCGAGGCGGCCCGUUCCGACCUUCCGCCUACGAGUUAGACUUUGCCGCUGGUCCCUCCCACCCCCUGCCUUUCCAAACGUCGAUCUUCAAGAACUCGCAUUACAACACGGCGCACUUCCUUAAUCCCGAUUUCCAGCCGGAAGAAUGGACACCGGACGCUGAAUAUGCCUCGAGUAAUCGGUCGAGACACAAGUCAACAUCGCAGUAG